AUGGCGGGUGUCAAUGCAAAGAAGAAGAAAACAGCCACCAUCAGUAGUGUCAGAUCGAGAAAUGACGACUCUGAAUCAGAUGCCACAAGUAUGUCGGCUUCUGAAGGCUUUGACUACCUGCAGAACCAGAACAAAGAGGAGAGGUUAGAGAUUAGGCGAGGUUACAGGAAGCUGAUGGAGCAACUUCAUGAUCAGAAACAUGACAUGAUCAAUCCUGAAUCUACAAGCCUCUCCGAUGCUUUGCAGACAGCCAAUGAUCUGAAUAAAAAUGUAAGGAUGCCCAGAGAAGGGGCAUUGGAUUCUGCAACCAUUCUCAUGAUUUCAAAUUAUGCCAGAAUGAAAGUCGACAAUUUAAAGACAGAUUUUCUCAAGUUUGAGCCAAUUGAGUAUGCAGAAAAAUUGAUAUCUUUCAUCAACCAGGGCCAACCACGACAAACACAUGAUGUUGCAAUUUCAGAAAGAGGAUGGGUCAAUUUGGGAGCAGCUUCACAGAAAUUUUUCUUGAAAUCACCAGCGUUUCAUUUCAUGGCUGGAUCAUUUGAGAGAGGGGAGCCUGUAAAGAAAGUCAGACGAGCCACUGAUGCUCGUAAGAGUGACAAAGAGAAUUUAUCUGACAAAGCCACUGUCCCUAAACAGAUGAAGUCUUUUGAUGACACAGAGAAGAGCGAGGCCACCACAGCAGAGGUAGAAAAGCUGUAUGGUUUACUACAACAUCUCUACAAAGAGACAGAUUGUAAUCCUAUAUGCUACUUUGAGUUUGUUUUACACCCCCAGUCUUUCAGUCAAACUGUGGAGAAUAUAUUCUACACAUCAUUCCUUGUCAGGGAUGGAUUAGCACAAAUCAUUUUGGAUGAUGAAAAAUUACCAUUAAUAGAACCAAUUCAGAAUCCAGAGCAAGAGAAAGUUAGAAAGAGAAUGCCACAUAAACAGGCAGUGGUCAGCAUUUCUCCUCAAGAAUGGAAGGAAUUAAUUGAGGUUUACAAUAUCCAUGAUCCAUUAAUUCCAACGAGAGAGUCUGUGAAUCCAAGUGUUGUGAAGAAAAUGAAGCUGAAAUAAUACCCUUAGACAAUAAGGUACCUCUCCUGAAAUUAAAGGCAGCAAGUACACUUCACGUGGAUCUAUGGACAUUUUUCAAGAAAUCUGAAUGUCUGCAAAGCGGAUCCAUUUUAGUGCUCAGUCCAUUCACAAUCAAACAUACCGUACCAGAAACAAGCAUUGAUGUUUGAAUGCAAGCAGAAGUGUGUAUAAAUCAUGGAUGUCCAUGAUAAAUAGAGAGCUGUGAAAGGUUGAAUGUGCUUGUUAAACUUUCAGUAUUUUAAUCAUCACUUUUAUCAGUAGAUCAUGGUGUUGUUCUUUUAAAGUGUCUACAGAUUUUAUUCAACUGUUAUAUUUUCACUGUUGCAGUUCUUUUAAACAAAACCCAAAACCAUUUCCCUGUGCUCAAUUGAUACUGUCUUGAGAGGAUCUAAAAAUGAAAUCUAGUCAUUAUAAUUGAACAACAAAACAGUUUUGUUAGUUAUUUAGUUAAUCAUUUGCCAAGGUAGGGUUGUACAUUAGGUUCAAAGUUUUAUGUUUAGGCCAAACAAAAAAAUAUGUGUGGUUCUGGUUACACCUCCAUAAAAAUUAGGGUAGGUUGGUAGGGAUUUCUUUUUUCUUUUUUUUUUUUUUAACAAAAUGAUUUUCUUAAUUUUUCUAAAUAAUACUUAUCACUACUUUGCAAAUGACAUUUAGAUGUGGUGUGAUAAUAUACUAGUCAAUAUUGGUAGGGGACACCUACAUGCUAGCUUGCUUGGGAUUUAACACUAAUAAACACUUGCACUAUGCUGUGCAAGGGGGCCGUCAUUGCUGAAACUAAAACUUAAACCGGAGCCAUUGAUGGAAAUUGGGGAAAAUUCCAGAAAAACUAUGAAAAUUGCCAAAAAAAAGUUUAGGGUAGGGGGUAUAAAAUAGGGACGGUCGGGUAACCGGAACCACACAUAUUUUUUUAUUUGGCCUUAGGAAUAGGAAACAUGGGCAAGCUACCUGUAUUGUACUCCUCAUGCCUGGUUUAGAUCCAGAUAAAGGGUUUAUUUGUGAGUUCAUUUGUUAAAAAGGGUCCUGAGAGUUGUGGACCAGGGCUUCUGGUUAAAUUUCAUUUUGAAGGUUUAUUACAAUACUAGUGCAACUUGCAACUUUGUUCUUUUAAAUUUUGUAACAUUUUUAUGUGUUUAUUUAGUUGUUUUAUAGUGUAUUAGCUCUAGAAAGCUUAAAGUUGUUCAUUCUGAAAGUUGAAAAGUUACCGUUUAAUAAAUGUGUAGUGUUAUACCAUUCAUAUAUAAAAAUGGGGAUAUUGUCAGAAUAUUGACAAGAGGCCUCCUAUUAUUGAUGUGUAUUUUCAUGCAGUGCUGAUCUUGAUGUACAUGUACAAUUUGCCAAAGUGGUGUUCAACAUCUUUAAAAAAAAAUUCCAGAUUAUACAACAUUUUCAGCUUCUCUGAAGCUGAUUGUAUUGAUCAUUAAUUAGGUUGCAGGCUUGUUUUCAUCAUGAAAUAUUUGUAUGUGCUAUGUUUUAUCAUAUGAAGAGUCUUAUCUAGACAUCAUCUGUAAUUUUUUUUCUUUUCAUUAAUUUUUUUAAGACUAUGAAACAAUUUUCUAUUUUUCAGACUUUUGUAUGA